GGCCAGUGACUGUAGAAAUUGGGCCUCCUAACCAGCACCGCCUCGCCAUUGCGGAAACCCACCAUUCACCGCUGUCUGCCUUUCUCCUUUGGGCGUCCGCUCUAUGUCUCGCUCUCGCUCCAUCCCUCCCGGACAUCGAAAAUAGGUCUCCGAUUUUCUGGUGAAGAAAUGGAAAUUUCAGACAAGGUUAAGAAGUUACUAGAGGACGGAUUAGACGAUCACGAUGAUUCAUCUGAGAAGAUUUCCGAAUCUUUUAUCUGCUGCGUUUGCUUGGAGCUUCUCUACAAGCCUGUUGUUCUGGCGUGUGGCCACAUUUCCUGUUUCUGGUGUGUUCACAAGUCCAUGAGUGGUCUACGCGAGUCUCAUUGUCCUCUCUGCAGACAACCUUAUCAUCAUUUUCCCACUAUUUGCCAAAUGCUGCACUUCUUACUCUUCAAGAUGUCUCCUGUUGCAUAUCAGAGAAGGGAGAUUCAAAUCCGAGAAUAUGAAAAGGAACAUGACUGCUUCUCACCACAGUUUAAUGGUCCUGUACGCGUGCCACAAACUGAACAAGAAUUAAAUCACACAGAUAGUUCUCAAAGAUCUGAAAUUUCUUCAUUGGACUUGUCAAAAGAUCCAAGUUGUAGCGGCAACAGCAAAGUUAUGUUUAAUAUGGAGCAACCAGAAUCACGAUUAAUUGAUCAAGAAAAUCUAAAAAUGGCUGUGGGAGAUAUUGAAGCAACUAGUUCCAUUGUUGACCACGGUGACAAACUGCACCAAGGGAUUGCCAAUGGAACCCGCCAACCAAUUUCAGUUGAUGACACACUGUGCACUUUGUGCAAUCAAUUCCUCUAUCGUCCUGUUGUUCUUAAUUGUGGCCAUGCUUAUUGUGAAAGUUGCAUUGUUACCCAAACCAAUGAGACAGUCAAGUGCCAAAAGUGUGAAAGCAGACAUCCAGGACAAACUCCAAAAGUCUGUUUGGAAUUUGAUAAUUUUCUCAAGGAACAAUUUCCGGCGGACUAUGCACUAAGAAGAAGUAUUAUUCAGCUUAAGCAGUCCUGUUCUCAGCUAGAAAGUCUAAGCACAUGUUCAUCAGAACCUGCUAAAGGGAAUUCUGACUUGUUAACUUCAUCGGGGGAGAAUGCAUUCUCAUGGUGGGGUGACCAUAAAGUCCACAUUGGAGCAGGUUGUGAUUCCUGUGGGAUGUACCCAAUAAUUGGGGACAGAUACAGAUGCAAAGACUGCAUGGAAUUAAUAGGAUAUGACCUAUGUGGAGAUUGUUAUAAUACCUGCUCGAAGCUUCCUGGUCGCUUUAAUCAACAGCACACCCCAGAACACAAGUUUGAGGUCAUGAGACCAAAUUCUAUGCGCAAUAUCAUGUUGAGGCUGCUGAGGGGUCAGCUGGGAGAUGGUUCUGCUGGUCCUAAUGCUAUCAGUGAUGUAUCGGGAAAUUCAGAAAGUGUGGUUUUCGCCUUGUCUGAUGAUGCCCAGGAAACUGCAGAAAGCGGUUUUGCUACCCCUAAUGAGACCGAAGAGGAUCAGAAUAACCACCAGUAGUUCACGUGGAACUCAAAACGGUUUUAGUCUUUAAGUUCUUAUACUCUAAAAUUGGCACUAACGGAAGGCGCUUCCAGUUCUACAAAAUAUUAUUGCCAAUCCCUCUCUUGGAGCAAAGUACAAAUUUCUGCACUUCAUGGCCUCCGCUUCCACAAUCUAUGAUCCCUUAAGAAUAGACUUGAAGCUGUUUUCUCACUGAGAUUAUGAUACUUGCAGGACUAUCGUCGACCAUACCUCUACGAUUAGAUCUUUGCUUCGGGCUCUGUACAGAAAUAAAUCAAUUUUAUGAUGUCCUUUUUCGUCGUACAUGUUAUGUAUCAUCUGAAAAAUGACGACGCAUAUAAACUUGUACCAAGUAGCAUGGUACCAAAAUAGUAACUCAUUGAGCUCUGUUAAUAGAUUUUCUUGUUCAUGAGCUGGUUAUUAUCUCAGCGUU